CACAGUUUCUUUUUUAUGGUCGCAGAACGGCACAAGGCUAUCUCUAUCUCCGCUUAGGAGUUUCCAAGGUUUCAUUUUUCUCCCGGAAAGCAAGAAGGGUCUAUAUUGUUUCCGUUCAGAAUUCUGCGGCCACGCAGUGUUGGAAUGCCCUUCAUUUCAUCUCUUUUCUGUUUUGUAAAGCGUGAUGAGCGAAAACCCUAGCUCGCCGGUGGGCGAGGAGCCGAUGGCCGGAGGGAUGGUGGCCCUUCAUGAAUCAGCUGGUAGCCUUGCGUCAAUGGAUGGCGACGCGCCCACCGACCCCGGUCUCUCCAUCCUCCCUCAUGUCGGGGGCAGUCAGCUUACCCUCUCUUUCCAGGGCGAGGUCUACGUCUUCGACUGCGUUUCACCAGAAAAGGUUCAAUCUGUGUUAUUAUUGUUGGGAGGGAGGGAGGUUGCGGCUCCCUUGCCUUCGCCGCCCACAUCUUCUACGAAUCAGUUGAACAAGAGAUUCAAUUUUUCACACAGGGUUGCAUCGUUGAUGAGGUUCCGGGAGAAGAGGAAAGAGCGGAAUUUUGACAAGAAAAUACGCUAUGAUGUCCGCAAAGAGGUAGCCCUUAGGAUGCAGCGUAAUAAAGGUCAAUUUACUUCGUCAAAGUCAAAAGUUGAAGGAGCAGAACCAGGUUUUACUGGCGCGGAUUCUACAUCAUAUUUGGUUGCAGAGAAUGGUCAGCCCCAAACAGCAUCAGCAUGCUAUCACUGCCACAUUAGUGCAAAAGAUACACCUAUGAUGCGCCGUGGCCCUGAUGGACCGAGGACAUUAUGUAAUGCAUGUGGGCUUAUGUGGGCAAACAAGGGUACGCUGAGAGAUCUCUCCAAAUCUCCUGUACCCUUUCAGCCGCAUAGCUUGGAGUCAAAUGAUGGGCAUGGAGCUACUGCAGCUGGGCAACAGACAGCAGCAGUCCCCUCUAACGGUCAACAAAUCUCACAUUGAGUAUCAGUAUUAACUUCUUCCUGUUAUUUGGGCGUGGGCCGUUCACCCUUUGAUCAUUUUUCAACAAUUAAAGCUUAACUUGUGGCAUACAUAUCAGAGAAUUAGGUUCAAGUAUUUGUCCCCUUUUUCCCCUAUUUCUUUUCAUGCACUUGGUCUGAAUUUGUGAUGGCUGCUUCCAUGGAACUGUAAUGUUAUUGCUGCUCCAAUAAAAUAUUAAUUCAUAGAUUCUGUUCU